AUGGCAUUUUACUCACAUUGGUACGAACAAAGCGUCUCAAAAUCAAAAAAAUCCGCGAAUAGCAACGGAAAAGCUGCGCAGACUUGCAAUAUCUUUGAUAAGAGUCAAACAGACUUAAUAGCAGCACAGGUUACCGUUUCUUCGGUGCAAGACAAACUUAUCUACAAUUUGGAAAUUAUUAAACCGACAGACAGCACAAAAACUGUAAGCACCGUCUCGGAUACUUGCUCGACGUCUUCUACGACAAGUCAAUUAUCAGAAGACUCGCUUUGGGAUGAUUGGGUUGUAAAAUUCAUUAAUAACCAAGUAGUCGACGAAGAUUCAUUAGAAGAAUGGAUUUUCGAUACAACAUCUUAA